AUGUAUUUACUGAAUGAAGAAAGAAUACCAAAUACUGAAAGAGAUGAAUUAGAUAAUUUUUUUGAUAGUAUUAAAGCAACAGUAAGAAAAUUUUCACCUACCGACAUACACCUCGUAAAAAAUAAAAUAUUCUUUAUGGUAUCCGAUAUUGAAAGCAAAUAUAUUUUACCAAAGGAUAAUCAAAUAAAUACUCAACAAUUUCCUACAUAUUCUCAACACAGCAACAUUCAUCCUCAAGUACAAUCACAAUACCAUCAAUUUGAAAAUCAACCGUCUCUACAUUCAGCAACUUCAUCUCGUCCACCGUCAUCAGCUUGUGUAUCCACACAAUCAUCAACUUCAUCAUAUUAUGAAAAUUUUUCUCCUACGAAUUAUGAUUAA